AUGUGGCUGGCUGUUCGCUCAGCCGCUAUCGCCCGGGCCUCCGGCCGCCUCCGCCGACCGGCGUGCCGACAUUACUCGGCCGUGGUAGCAUCCAGGAAGUCGGACCCGCUCCGGAUCCUGUUCUGCGGCUCCGAUGAGUUUAGCUGCGCUGCAUUGAAUGCGCUGGCCGCGGAGAAGAAGCUCAAUCCGGGGUUGAUUGAGUCGCUGGAUGUCGUGGUCAGGCCUGGCAAGUUGACUGGGCGUGGGAUGAAGCAAAUCCGUCAGGGCAUUCCCAUCCCGAAGGACUGCACUUUGCAAGGCCUGCACGACAUCCUCACCCCGAUAGCUGCCAACAUGCUCGUAGACGGCCUUCGACGAGGCUUGCACAUACCGCCCCUAAAAGACGUGGGUUGGAAGCCGACCGAAGGAGAGCAGGAGAUGCUUUGCCAUGCGCCGAAACUUGCCAAGCGUGAUAGUCAGAUCGACUGGUCUACGUGGAGCGCGGACGAUAUUGUACUUCGCCAGCGGGUCUUGGGCUCGCUGUGGUCCAUGGCGUUGGCGGAUCGCGAGCGCAAGAAGUCAAUGAGGCUGAUUCUCGAGAACGUGGAGAGCGUGAAACGACCCGCGGACGUCGAGAGAUGGAUUCAAACAUACUUUGAGCGCCAAAAGUCCGGGUCUCAGCAUAAACGGGGUGAGCUUGAUGAGAAGCAAGCUGUCGAAGAGAACCAAAAGUUGGGUAUCAAGGUGAUCGACUGGCUUUGGCACCCCAAGCAUACUUCUGCAGAGGACAUUAUGAACGCUCAAGACACCAGGCUGGCUUACUUUGAAGAGAAGGACGGCAGCAUCUUGAUCCCGGUCCCAAAAGGAGGGUGCCUGAAGGUACCGACGAUAAAGGUUGAAGGCUCAAGCAGCAAAUCAGCAGCCAAGGCGAUUUCCAGCAACUUUGGUUUUAUUGAGAAAGAUUGA